AUGUACAGACCCAACACCAAAGCAACAUGGGCGUUCAUGAUCACGACGACGAUUCAAGCCGCGAUUGUUCUAGCCAUUGAAGCAUACAUAUUCGCAAAAUUCCAGGAGUCUCUCGAGCCAGGCGUAAAAGCAACAUCCGAAUCCAAGACCAUUCCAACAUACCUCACCCUCUUCAUCUUCGGUUUCCUGUACCAAUUAGUCCUGGUCUACGAUUCUCUCCGACUCAAGAACACAAUUCAGGUUAUUGGGCUAUGCAUGUACAAUGGAGGCAUGCUCAUUUAUGCUUCGAUCCAAUACGAUCAGAUUCAUAAAGUUAUCAAUACAUUGACAAAUCCAACCGAUGGCUCGCCUGUUCAGCUGAUACCUGGAUCCGACGUGUGGCAAGAUAUCCAGCCAUACCUCACGGCUGUUCCUGUCAUUAUCGCCUUCUUCACAGUGGUCAUGUCCGGUAUCGCUUGGAAAUUGUACGAUGAGUUUGCAUGGACUAUCUACAAGCAUAUCAGUGCAGACCUGAGAAUGAAGCGCCGGUUCUUGACGUACCAGAUUUACAUUGCUUUACUCAAGUUCGAUUUCUUCUUCUUCCUUGGAUUCACGGUGCAAUUCUUGGUCAUUGUGACUGGUCUGGCAGAUGCCGAGUACGGUCUUACGAUUGCUGCUAUCCCAAUUACAGUGCUGAUCCUGUUUAUGGCGGCUUUCUGGACUCGACGAGAGAACAAGAUUGGAAUGAUUGGCACCAUCUUCCUUUUCUUCUGUGGUCUCGCAUACUUCAUCUUCAAGCUAGCCAGAAUGUAUCAACCAAGCCACGAACAGAACUACCUCCCAGUCCGGAAGAGUUUGACCAGUUUCGCCGUCAUUACGAUCGUUCUACUCGUCCUGACAAUUGUCAUUGCUUCCGUAUGCACGGCAAACUUCGACAAGGGACUGAAGCCACAUAUCAUGAAGAGGAAGAUUGGAGAUAAUGAGGCGGAGAAGAUGGACAACAUGACCGAGCUCCCAGAUCUCAAGCACGGCCCGGUAUCGAGCCGGAUGACGAUUGACUAG